AUAUUCUGUGGCGCAAAACAAUUCUAACCUCUCUUUGAUUUUCAUAUUUUCAACUUGUCUAUAACUUGUCUAUGGAACUUGUCGCAAAUAAAUUUUAUGCAUUUUUAAAUGGCAUUUUAAAAAACAUUACGAAUACACAGGCCCCACUAGUUAGAACCGGAAUCAGGGUGCAAUCAAGUUACUACCGAUUAGUUUUAAACCAGUUUUUGAUAUAGACUAAAGUGAUCUAUUCAACAUAAAAUUACGAAAAUGCCAAAAGUAAAGCAGCUGGAAAAAUGUAAACAUCCUGACAGCAGAAGAACUAAAGCUUUAACUAAAAAGUUAACAAGGAAUAAUAAAAAAGAUAAAGCAAAAUUAUUAACAACCAUCAAACAUAAUAUACUGGGAGAGAAACUAAUAUGGUUUAGAGAUAAUUUAAUUCAAGAUCAAAACUCAUGUGGCCCAAAGGAAAUUGAACUAUUAAUAAUAAAAUAUCUAGAUCGGUUUCAUGAGGAAUUGGAACAAAUUAAAUUAAAGCACUCAAUAGGUCAAAGAAAGAAUAGGCAACAUGCAAAUAGGGAAGACAUUAUUAAUCUCACAAUCAAAUCUGAUGAAAAAGAGUUUGAAACAUGUGGAAUAGAAUUACCUGAUCUGUUAAAUCCAGUCCAAUUGAAUUUGUUGAAAAACUGGACUGGUGAAUUAAAAUUUGUGCAGAAUUUUAAGUUUCGCAGGUUUAGUAAGAACUUUUUAAAAGAAGAAAUAGCUAAAGUUGAUCGAGUUGAAAAAUGAAAUUACAACUAAUAGAUGAUAAUAAUAAAAUUUGUUGAAUACUGUUUAUAGUUGAUAAAUAAAUAUUUAUUAACUGUUAA